AUGGCACCAAGCCACGUGGUGGAGAAAUGCCUGACACUUGGAGCAAAGAAAAUAUUUUAUAUCCCUACAGAUAUGCCUUCUCCUGCAGAGCCUGAAAAGGUGGAUCAGUUUGCUAUCCAAAAGCUGGGGGAACUGGAUUACCUGGUAUUGAACCACAUUGGCAUGACCCGUUUCCAGAUGUGAGCUGGAGAGGUAGAAUACGUGAGCUGGCUCAUGCAGGUGAAUUUAUUCAGUUAUGUGGCACUCACAACAGCACCUUUUCCCACCCUGGAGAAGAGUAAAGGCUCUCUGGUGGUUGUUUCUUCCCUCACAGGGAAGAUACCAACUCUCUUCACCACUUCUUAAUCUGCCACCAAGUUUGCACUGGAUGGAUUCUUCAGCUCCCUGUGCCAUGAGCUCAUCAUGCAGAAGAGAAACAUCUGUAUCACACUGUGCAUCCUGGGCCUGAUUGAUACUGAUACGGCAUUAGAGAAUAUCAGGGGCAAAGUGCAUCUAACUGCUUCUCCUCCUCCUGAAGCUGCACUCGCCAUCAUCCAGGGGGGUGCUACACAGGUGCAGGAGGUUUUCUACCUGUGGUGGCUGCAGUACAUGUGCCACCCCUGGGUUUUGUUCCCCAGUGACCAGGACCAGGUUUUACAGAGUUACUAGAACUACAGCAGUCUGUAA